AUUUAAAUAAAUUCCAAAACCAUGUAAAACUAAAUUCAUGAAUAUUAAGGGUUUUAGAUAAUUAAAAUAUAUUAGUAAUAAAUUCCAUACAUCACCAACAUAUAAUAAGUAAAUACUCGCGAAAAAAGAAAUAAAAAAGAAAUAAAACAUGAAAUAUAAGUAAAAAGCAUUUUUUUUACAAAAUUCAUGGACUUCGUUGAAAGUUAACGUGUUGGUUGAGUGUGGAGAAAAUUUCAAGGGUAAGAAUCUCAGAAUGAUAAAAUAGGAGACGGAAUGCCAAAAACUCUCAAAAUUUUUCAAUAAAUUUAAUAAAUAUGUGUAAAAAACUAAAUAGUUUUAGUAUAAAUUUGUUUUGUUACUGCUAAUGUAAUGAUUUUUUCGAUACAUAUGGGGAUUUAAAACUCAUCGGUUAAUAGGUUGAAUUAUUUCAUAAAUUCCAAUAGGAAGUCGGAGGUAUUUAAUUUGUACAUUUUGUAAUUUAUAUGCUUUCCAAAAAUUUUAAAAGUGUUAGUAUUCUUUCUGUUUUAACAUUUUGAAUCUUGAUUUUUUAAUCUCCGCCUUUUAUAUUUAGAUUUCUUUUUUAGUUGUCAUUUUAAUUUUCAUUCAUAGUUUUUUAAACGCAUAUUUUAAAUCUUAUGAAGGCCAUUUGCCUUAAAAUUGACUGAUUUUAAAGGAAAUAUGAGCAGCUUAGACUUUGAAUUGACCCCGGAUAGUAAUCCGGUCAAAUUCGACCAGGAGAUUAAACCGAAGAGGCUUUCUCUAUUCCCAAAGUCUAAGAGAAAACUCUCAGUGUUUUUGAUUUAUAUGAUCGGCUUCUCUGAAGGGUUAUUACAUUUGUCAAACCUCGCUAUUUAUUAUAUGUUUAAGGAGGAUUUUGGUCUAUCUCCAGCACAAAUGACACUUUUGUAUUCUAUUCCUGCCAUACCUUAUGUUAUUCGACCCUCAAUGGCCUAUUUGACUGAUACGAUUCCAAUAUUUGGAACCAGAAGACGGCAUUAUUUAAUUUUAAAUAGUCUUAUUCAAUCAUCAAGUUUUCUGUUUCUAGGCUUAAUGCCUAUUAGUCUAUUUUUUUCAACCAUUGCACUAUUUCUAAUUACAUUCACUCUCGCAUUUUGCAUGACCAUAGCUGAGGCUCUGGUCGUGGAAAACAUCAGUGAUGGAACUGAUAAUUUGAGUGGGUUCAUCGGGAUUAAGGCCUUUUCCGCCUUAUUAGUCUCUUACUUUUCAGGCUCUAUGUUAGAAAAAUACCCAAAACAGAGAUUGUUUCUGAUUACAAGUUUAUUUCCGCUAUUAAUCACAUUUUUCGCAUAUUUCAUGAAAGAAGAGAAAACGGAGAUUGUAUAUCAAUCGCACCCAUUAAAGGAUUUAAUUAAAUUUUUAAGAGAACCGUCAAUAUACCACCCCUGCAUAUUCAUGUUCCUGGUGGUCAUCACACCAGCAUAUGAAGACGCGUUUUUGUACUAUACUAUCGACGUGUUAGGUUAUAGCCCGUCAUUCAUGGGAAUAUUGAGACUUAUUUAUGGCAUCUCAAUUGUUUUGGGCAUAGGACUGUGUCGUAUAUUUUUUAAAAAUACUUCCAUAAAGAAGUUACUUAUAUGGUCCACGCUUAUAGUGAAUAUAGUGUACCCCUUCCCAGCUUUAAUUACCUCUGGACUGUCAAAGAAACUCGGAAUCCCGGACAAACCUCUAGUUCUCUGUGGAGGGUUCUUAAUGGAAGCAGUUUUCGAGAUACAGGUGAUGCCGUUCCUAACUUAUACAACGAGAGUCACACCUAAGGGUUUGGAAGCCUCAGUGUUUGCAGCUAUCAUGACCAUCAAAUCCGUCGGGAUUUUCUCAUGUAAAUUAUUAACCGCCUUAACAACGUUCCUUUUCGGCAUAGACAACCAUAAAUACGAGCAUUUGACGUCCUAUAUCCUAUUUUGCACAGCCACGGCGAUGGCAGUAAUGUUCUACCUCACCAAGGUGCCUAACAAGGACGAAAUGGAACUUUUCGUAACUAGGCAAAAAAUGACCCAAAACGCCGAUGAGAAGACGUAACAUAAAGUCGUUUUAAUUUUGUAGAAUUUUA